AUGGGAAACUGCUUAUUCGGAGGGUUUGGAGAAAUUGAGGGAGUCAUCAAAGUGAUAACUUCAAACGGUGGAAUAAUGGAGUUUUAUCCACCAAUUACAGCAGCUUGUAUCACUGAUGGCUUUCCAGGCUAUGCCAUUUUUCCCAGCCACGAUCUUUUCUGGAAACAACUUUCCCACCAGGAAGAACUUUUACCGGGAAAAUCUUACUACUUACUUCCUCUGAAUGCCACCACUGUCACAGACCCAGGUGGCCAAAUCAUCCGGGAAGGCCAUGUGAGAUCCAACAGCAUACCAGCGCCACUGGUUUCUUCUUACAGAAUGUCCUGUGAUUAUCACGGGACAUUAAAAAGGUCAUAUACAGAAGCUUUCUCCAGGUAUAAUUCUGGUAGGGGGUUCUGGAAAGUGAAGCUGGUGAUUACUCCAGAGCACUUGCUGGAGAUUUUGUCACAGGAGGGGAAAACCCAGGAGCUGAUUGAGAAUGUGAGAAUGGUGGCUAAGUGUGGAAAUGGGGUUCCGUCAAUAGCUUCUUCGGUGGCGUUUUCAGAUCAAUGGAGCCUCUCUAGCAGCAGCAGAAAUGCUUCAUCUAAGAAAGAUUAUUUGUUAGAAAUUUAA